AUGUGGCGGCUGCCGGGACUCCUGGGCCGAGCUCUUCCCCGUCUCCUGGGACCUGGCUUUCGUGGGGUGACCCCCAAGUCCUCCAGCCCAGAUGGUCCUCAGGCUACCUCCUCCAACCUGCUGGUUCCUGUGCCCAGUUUUGACAGGUCCAGCCCCCACUGCCCUGGCCCAGGCACAAGCAGGGGCCCAAAGUCCCAUGGAUGGAAGGAUGCCUUCCAGUGGAUGUCUCCUCGUGGCUCCCGGAACACAUUGUGGGAUGCCAUAUCAUGGGGCACUCUGGCCGUGUUGGCCCUGCAGCUGGCGAGGCAGAUCCACUUCCAGACGUCGCUUCCAGCAGGACCUUGGCGAGUGGAGCACUGCUCUUGGUACAGUCCGCUGGACCGCUUCCUCUCAUCUCCCUUGAGGCACCCUUGUUCCUCACUGCGGAGACACAUUCUGCCUAGCUCUGAUAGCCCAGCUCCCAGGCACACUGGCCUCGGGGAACGCAGACUGGGCCAGGAAGAACCCUCCACUCAGCCCAAGAGCAUCUCUUCACCCAGCUCCUUGAGAGCAGCUAGGCAUCAGGAUCCCUCUGAGGAAGAUCCCAGUGACAUCAGCUUCCUGCACGCCAGCAGUAGCUUCAAGUCCAACCCGAAGCCGGCCCAACCUCAGCCCACUGACGAAAAGCAGGAACAAGAGAAAUCAAAAAGUCUUUCCCUCGAGGAGGCCGUGACCUCCAUUCAUCAGCUCCUCCAGCUCAGUGUUUCCAUCGCUUUCAACUUCCUAGGGACAGAGAACAUGAAGAAUGGGGACUACAUGGCAGCCUUUUCUUACUUCCAGAAAGCAGCGGACCGUGGCUACAGCAAAGCACAGUACAACGUAGGCUUGUGUCACGAGCAUGGCAGGGGCACCCCCAGGGACCCCAGCAAGGCAGUCUUUUAUUACCAAUUGGCUGCCAGCCAGGGCCACAACCUUGCUCAGUAUCGCUAUGCAAGGUGCCUGCUGCAAGACCCUGGCUCCUCAUGGGACCAUGAGCGGCAGAGGGCAGUGUCCAUGCUGAAGCGGGCUGCAGACUCAGGCUUACGGGAGGCUCAAGCUUUCCUCGGGGUGCUUUUUACCAAGGAGCCCUACGUUGACGAGCAGAGAGCUGUGAAAUAUCUUUGGCUUGCAGCCAACAAUGGGGACUCACAGAGCAGAUACCACUUGGGAAUUUGCUAUGAGAAGGGCCUUGGGGUACAGAGGAGUCUGGGAGAGGCCAUGAGAUGUUACGAGCAGUCAGCAGCUCUGGGGAACACGCCCGCCCAGGAGAGGCUGCGGGCCCUCUUCUCCACGGAGGCAACAGCCCCAGCACCCAGCGACCUAGCAGUGAGAGGACUGAAGUCGUUUUCUAGCCCCUCUCUCUGCAGCCUGAACAGGAGCCUGCUGGCAGGAGCCUCUUGCCUGCCACACGCCUCCAGCACAGGGAACCUUGGCCUCCUCUGUAGAAGCGGGCAUCUCCGAGCCAGCCCUGGAGCCCCCAGCAGGGCCAUCCCCCGACACCCCUACCCCUUGGAAAGGAGUCUCGUCAGACUGGGUUUUGGCUAA